AUGGUGACUGCGCGUCUCACUGCGGUGGCGGAGGACAUCAUUGCGCUGUUUGAAGGGACCGUAGCGGAGUACGAGGAGGAGCUGUGUGUGUGCAAGCAAGAGAUCCUCAGAAACCGAGAGGAGAACAAAAAGAGCCAGCAGGAGAACCUGAAACUGAACCGAAUGAACCAGAGAAACCGGGAGGAGAUAAUCGCGCUCAAAGAGGAGAUCCAGCGGAACCAGGCGCUGCUGCAGUCGAAGAUCAACCCCAAAAUCGCGCUGCCCAGGCCGGGUAGUCAGGACCCACCCUCGAGCCCUGGAUCAGAAGCGAAACAGGGACCAAAGCAGGGACUAAACCCGGGAUUGGCUCAAGAAUCAGACCAGAAUUCGGACCAAGAGGACAAUCCACACCCGCUGAUCAAAGAGGAGCCAGAGGAGAUAGACGAUCCAGAUGAGCCGAACACAAUCCAGCUCCCAGCGGCCAGUGUCCCGGAGUCCAGAGCUGAGUUUGUGAAGAGAGAGGAGCCGUCUCUGCUUCAACGCAGCCCCGCGGAGUCCAGGGACGUCUACAGCGCAGACAGGAGUGACUAUGAAGACUGGACCGCUCCGUUCGGCUGCGGAGAGGCAGAGAUGGAGACUGGAGCAGGGAAGGUCGUCCCGAAGCGAGUGAAGACUGAAGAAUCAUCGCUGCCUCAACAAUCAGAGCUCAGAGAAGACCUGAGCACAGACAAACAUGACUUUGACGACUGGAGCGCUCCCUUCAGCUGUUCAGAGGCUCAAAUGGAGACGGAGGCGGAUGGAGACCACUACCACCGAGUCAUGGCUGCACAGGACUCUGGUCCCGACUCGUUUGUGGGGGAUGGAGACCUGUUUGUGGGGGAUGGGGACUCGUACGCGGGGGAUGGAGCAGAGGCCGGGGCCCCUGUUUACAACGAGGACAUGUCAGGAACAGCUGAAGGCGAGAAGAAACAUCAGUGCCCUCUGUGUCUGAAGCAGUUCACCAGAAAGCAGACGUUACAGAUCCACUUCAGAGUUCACACGGGAGAGAAACCUUACAGCUGCUCCAUCUGCGAGAAAACCUUUGCCAAGAAGUUCACCCUGGACGGACACAUGCGCACGCACACGGGCGAGCGACCAUACAGCUGUUUCUACUGCACCAGAUCCUUCACACAAAGCUCCAGUUUGAAAACUCACAUGAAAAAAACUCACAAUCGCAAAUGGAACCUCCCAGCGGUCAUCCCGAAGUGUGUGAAGACUGAAGAAUCAUUGCUGCCUCAACAAUCAGAGCUCAGAGAAGACCUGAGCACAGACAAACAUGACUUUGACGACUGGAGCGCUCCCUUCAGCUGUUCAGAGGCUCAGAUGGAGACGGAGGCAGAUGGAGACCACUACCACCGAGUCAUGGCUGCACAGGACCCUGGUCCUGACUCGUUUGUGGAGGAUGGAGACUUGUAUGUGGGGGAUGGGGACUCGUACGCGGGGGAUGGAGCAGUUUACAACGAGGACAUGUCAGGAACAGCUGAAGGCGAGAAGAAACAUCAGUGCCCUCUGUGUCUGAAGCAGUUCACCAGAAAGCAGACGUUACAGAUCCACUUCAGAGUUCAUACAGGAGAGAAACCUUACAGCUGCUCCAUCUGCAAAAAAAUCUUUGCCAAGAAGUUCACCCUGGAUAGACACAUGCGCACGCACACGGGCGAGCGACCUUACAGCUGUUUGUACUGCACCAGAUCCUUCACAAAGAACUCCAAGCUCAAAGAAGACCUGAGCACAGACAAACAUGACUUUGACGACUGGAACGCUCCCUUCAGCUGUUCAGAGGCUCAGAUGGAGACGGAGGCGGUUGGAGACCACUACCACCGAGUCAUGGCUGCACAAAACUCUGCUCCAGGCUCACAAAACUCUGCUCCAGGCUCAUAUGUGGAGAGCAGAGCCAGGAACAUGUGGGGAACAGAUGAAGAGCGGAGGAAACACCAGUGUCCUCUGUGUCUGAAGAGAUUCACCUCCAAACAGUCGCUGCAGAACCACUCCAGAGUCCACACAGGAGAGAAACCUUACAGCUGCUCCGUUUGCGAGAAGGCUUUUGCCAAGAAGUUCACUCUGGACGCUCAUAUGAGGAUCCACACUGGGGAGCGACCCUACAGCUGCUUCAUCUGCAUGAGAGGCUUUGCACAGCGCUCCAACUGGAAUGCUCACAUGAAAACUCACAAUCGCAAUGGGAACGUUUGA